UAGGGAUUGAUAGGGCAGAAAUUGUUUGAACUGACAUGUAACUGAACACAGAUGGAUAUAGCAGGCACGGUGGAUGACGGAAAACGACAAUUCGAGCCUUGAAACAAGUGUUUUGCCUUGUGUUUUACCUGUCACGGUCCGAAACGUAGCCAUGACAUAGCUGAAGCUAGCUGGAUAGCUAGCUUUGUAAAUAGGACCUUAUUUUAUUAAUUAGCAAGCCCAUUGGCUAACGUUUUUUUUCUGGCUGGGAUACUGAAUGACUUGUGACGUUAGAUUAAGUGUAUUUCAGUUGUUGUUUUGGAUGUAUUUUCAAUAGGGUGAUGUAGCGUUAUAAUUUGGCUCCGGGGGAAUUACCUUCCGAACUUAUUCUGACAGUAGUUGAUUACAGUUAGCUGAUGUACAUUAUGGCUAACUUAAGAUAGGGGCACCCGACAGAAUCGUUUGUUGUUGACAUUAUGUUGUCGUGUAGGUAGUGUGUCAAUAAAACCCCCUUGCCUUCUUACCGUUACAUUAAGGUGACGGUAAAUUCAGUGUAGCAUGCCGUGUUUGGUUCUGGUAGUUCUAGUUCUCUCUCGGGAUUCCAUCCACAUUCCAUACCCGGCAGAAUGGUCUUCUUGUUAACACGGCUUCAUGGUGAUGCAUGAACGGGGACGGUGGACCAUUUCAAGAGGCAUAAAGCCUGUCCUCUUCGCACCUUUGAGGACAUGUCCUUUACAGCAGCAUGCAGCAUCAUCUUGAUGGCAGAAGCAGAAAUAGUGCCGAUGCCCCGAUGCCGAGCGGCGCUUCUGCCUAUUCCCCGGUCCGAUUUUUGCCAGCUGUCGCCUUCGGAAUUGCCGCAGCCGUCCUCUUUCAGUUCGGAUACGGGGGACUCAGCGUAACGUCCUUCUUUCUGAAGCUGUUUGUUUAUGUGUCUUUCGCGCUGCUUUGUUUUCUUUUGGGGAGCAUAGCCCUGCUGGUGAAGAAGAGCCCUCCCAAAAUCAGCAAUUUUGACACAUCAAAGAGGGAGUCUUCCUACCUGUCCGAAUUCUUUAACAAAUUAAUGGCACGAUUUUCUGUGCCCAUUCUGGAUUCUGCACAAACCAGACGAGUGGUGGUGUCACACAAUGUGGAUAAAGCUCUCAAAGAAGUGUUUGACUACAGCUACAGGGACUACAUCCUGUCAUGGUACGUGCCUCUCAGCCGGGACGAGGGCCAGCUGUACCAGAUGCUCUCCGAGGACUUCUGGGAGAUGACCAAGCAGCUGCGUGCCCGCCUGGCCGACGUGGACAUGGUCAACCUGGUCUGCAAUGACAUCGUCAAGGCCUUGCACAGCCACUUCUGCGACCUCAAGGCAGCCAACAGCAGACAGGAGGAGCUGGUGCGAGCGUUCCGUCUGCACCCGUGCCUGCGCAGCCCCGAGGAGGAGCAGCGUUUCCUGCGCUGCCUGGCGCGCCUGCUGCUGCUGUGCCUGCUGCCCACACGAGACGCCCGCUCACACAGCCUCCGCGCCGUGCUCAUCGAGAUUGUCGCCAACAAAGUGCUAAAGCCGAUGGUGGAGGUGCUGAGUGACCCGGACUACAUCAACCGCAUGCUCCUGGCCCAGCUGGAGCACCGCGAGCAGGUCAACGAGCAUCACAAGAAGGCCUACACCUACGCCCCCUCCUACGAGGAGUUCAUCAAGCUCAUCAGCACCAGCUCCGACAUCGACUUUCUCAAACAGCUCAGGUACCAGAUUGUUGUGGAGAUCAUCCAAGCGACAACGCUCAGUAGCAUUCCACAGCUGAAGAAGCAGAAAGACAGCAAAGGGAAGGAGACGGCAGCCAUGAAGGCGGACCUGCUGCGUGCGCGCAACAUGAAGCGCUACAUCAACCAGCUGACUGUGGCCAAGAAGCAGUGCGAGAAGCGCAUCCGGCUGCUGGGCGGGCCCAACUACGAGCAGCAGGAGGACGGCACCGGGGACGAGGCAGACGGGCCCCAGAGCCAGCGGAUCCUUCAGUUUGAAGAGAUCAUGUCCAACAGCACAUUCCGAGAGCACUUUCGAGCAUACAUGGAGCGCGUGGACAAGAGGGCCCUCAUCAGCUUCUGGGAGCUAGUGGAGACGCUGAAAACUGCAAACAAGAACGAGGUUCCUCAGCUGGUGGGCGAGAUGUACCAGGUGUUCUUCGUGGAGAGCCGCGAGAUCCCGGUGGAGAAGGCGCUGCUGAAGGAGAUCCAGCAGACGCUGGUGGGCAACAAGGGCACCGACGUGUUCCACAAGAUCCAGGCCGACGUCUACGAGACCAUGAAGGAGCGCUACUACCCCUCCUUCCUGGUCAGUGACCUCUACGAGCGCCUCAUGCGCCGCGAGGAGCAGCGCAGCAGCUCGCAGUCCAGCAGUGAGGACAAGGACGAGGGCAGCCAGACAAUGGAGUGUCCGGAGGAGGGCCUGGACGAGGGCAGCAAGGGCAUUAACGAGCAGGCCAGCUACGCGGCCAACAAGCUGAGCCAGCUCUACGACAAGCUGGAGUACAAACGCCAGGCCCUGGGCUCCAUCCAGAACGCACCCAAGCCAGACAAGAAGAUUGUGUUGAAGCUGAAGGAGGAAAUUGGCGCAAUGGAGAAGGAGCACAGUGAACUGCAGCUGCACAUCUCCCGUACAGACCUGUGGUGCGAGAACCUCGGCACCUGGAGAGCCGUCGUCAGUGGCGCAGAGGCAUCUGAGGAGAACGGAGAGCAAGUGCCGUUCUACUGGGUGGCGGUGAGCCUUCCGGAGGGAGAGGACACCAAGAACAGCCGCUGGACCGUCACCAGGAAGCUGCUGGAGUUCCAGGCCCUGCACAGGAAACUCACUGAGUGCUUUCCCUCUUUGAAGAAGGUCCAGCUGCCAUCGCUGAGUAAACUGCCAUUCAAAUCCAUCGACCAAAAAUUCCUUGAGAAAUCCAAAAACCAGCUCAACGCCUUCUUACAGAAAAUGCUGUCUGAUGAGCGCAUGUGUCAGAGUGAGGCGCUGUACGCCUUCCUGAGCCCCUCCCCCGAGUACCUGAAGGUCAUGGACAUUCAGAAGAAGUCCUCCUUCUCACUCGCCUCCUUCCUGGAGAGGCUGCCUGGAGACUUCUUCUCACAUCAGGAGGAGGAGGCGGAGGACGACAGUGACCUGUCUGACUACGGAGACGAGAUGGACGGCAAGAAGGAUGCCCUCGCCGAGCCGUGCUUUAUGCUCAUCGGAGAGAUUUUUGAACUCAGGGGCAUGUUCAAAUGGGUCCGAAAGACACUAAUUGCACUAGUUCAAGUCACGUUUGGACGGACCAUCAACAAGCAGAUCCGAGACACAGUGAGUUGGAUCUUCAGUGAGCAGAUGUUCGUCUACUACGUCAACAUUUUCCGGGAUGCCUUCUGGCCCAACGGGAAGCUGGCGCCGCAUGCCGAGGCUCGCUCCGACUCGGAACGGCGCGAGACCAAGGAGAGGGCCCAGCAGAAGCUGCUGGACAAUAUCCCAGAUGCACUACAGAAUCUUGUGGGACAGCAGAACGCCAGACACGGCAUCAUCAAAAUCUUCAAUGCACUUCAGGAAGCCGGUGCCAACAAACAUCUCCUUUAUAUCCUACUUGAGAUGCUUCUCAAAGAACUGUGUCCAGAACUGAACGGAGAAAAGGACCAUUUCUAACAAAACACAAGAACAAACUCACAUACACACACACAAUCGAACUAAAUGAUGGACAAAACACUCACUCACACAAACACAAACGGGCACACAGCCUGGUUUACUUGCAGUUCUCCCAGUCUGACUAGGGGACAGCUUUUAAGUCUUAUUCAUCUCUUUCUCUCUUUCUCUCACUCUCUGUCUGUCUGUCAAAGGCUGUCUCUACCAUUACUGCUCAUAUUAAUGGGAGUGAGCCUUGUUCUAUACGGUUUCCUUUGACCAGAUCUCUCAUUAAUUCUGUUGAGGGAGGGCAGGAAGCAUCGUUUUAAAAUUAUUGUUUUUAUGUGGAAGUUUUCUUUUUUGUACCACAAUGAAGGUCUGACAUCAUGUGAAUAGCUGUGAAUUGUGUUGUGUCAAGGUUAACACACAUAAAAAGUUGUAAAGGUAUAAAUAAAAUGAAUAACAUGACAAUAACCAUGGACCUCAGAAACCAAGUCCCUACCUACAGUACAGUACAUUUCAUUCUGAAAAGCUUUUUAUUGUGCAAUAUGUCAUGUCAAGUUCUUGUGACAAUUUUAAUUUGUGAUAUUAUAUUAUGAUAGAUUUUUAUUUUUACCAAAACUAGUUUAGAGCAUUUGUAAGCAAUAAACUGCAAAACUACCAA